AUGACACGGCUUCCACCAGACCACAACGACACCAGUCAGGCAGUCAAACCACACACCAUCGUCAAAUGCUUCACUAGCUUGAGGCUUCCACCAUGGCUCAACCUUCUUCUGGCGUCUAUUAUGAAUAGUGAACAGUCGGCAAACUCAGAUGUUAUUGGUAGAGUAGUUGAGUUCUAUUCUCCUAAGGAUAAGGUUAUUGCUGGUUUCCCCACACAGUUGGUUGAUUUUUUGAUUGAAGACUCCAAGAGAAAUCGAAUAAAAUGUACAUUAUGGGAUGAACAUGUACCUUCCAUUAUGCCAUUUUUCAAUAACCAUGUGGAUGGCCCUUUGAUCAUUUUGCUCCAACUCUGUCGUGCCAAGGUGGUUGACAGUGAGGUCAGGAUUUCAAGCUCAUACACUGCUACCAAAGUUUUAUUCAAUUUGGAUUGCCAAGAGUUUACAGAUUCCAGAAAUAGGCUAAUUGUAGCCCACUCGGAAGUAUUUCAGUUGUGUCUUAUGGUUGUAAGCACAAUCAGAGAUUUGUAUGACAGGGCUGAGGAAGGCUAUUUUUGUGUCCCAGGUACAAUUGUAUCAAUUGAGAGUGGAAAGAAAUGGUUCUAUAACUCUUGCAGAUCACCAGGCUGCUUUAAAUCCCUUAUUUUUACAGAGACUUACUUCAAUUGUGAAACAUGCAAGACUAAUUGGGCAGAAGGGAAUGUGAGAUACAGAGCUAAGAUGCAUGUUCCAACUGAGUUUGAUCAACUGAGGAACAAAUCUAUGGUGUUUAGACUCAAUCUCAAGAAUGAUCAUAUUAGGAACCCAGCUAAGCCCAUAUCAGUCUUAAAUGUUAUGCAUGAUGAGGAAUUGGAAGCUCAGUAUUGUCCAUCCAUGGUGGAUGAUCAUGAUGAAUUAUCUAGGAUGGUUGAAGAAGAAGCAGAUGACCUAGAAUCUGAUGUAAAUUAA